AUGUCCCAUACCAUGAUAUUGACUGGUGCCUCCAGGGGCAUCGGUGCUUCAAUUGCUCAAAUCUACUUGUCUGCAUCGUCUCAACAUAAACUCGUUGCCAUAGCAAGAACCAAGCUGGCACUAGACGACCUCGUGGCCAAAUACGGUGACCAAGUCUCCAUUGUGGUUGGUGAUGUCAGUGACUCGGCUGUAUCGGCUAAAGCUGUUCAAGUUGCACUUGAGAAAUACGGAAGUGUAGACUCGUUAGUGGCCAAUGCCGGAGUGUUGGAUCCAGUCGAUGCUGUCGCCAAAGCCAACGUCGACAAGUGGAAAACACUCUUCGAUAUUAAUUUCUUUUCAGUGGUGGAACUUGUAAGGCAGGCAUUGCCGCUGUUGAAGAAGUCCAACGGUCGGGUUGUUGCUGUUUCAUCUGGAGCCUCUACCAAGCCAUACUAUGGGUGGGCUGCGUACGGAGCUUCGAAGGCAGCACUUAACCACUUCAUGGAACUGAUUGCAUCCGAAAAUUCCGAAGUUCUGGCGAUCUCGGUGGCUCCAGGUGUGGUUGCUACAGAUAUGCAGAAGGAUAUCCGGGAAAAGUUUGGUUCCAACAUGACGCCGGAGUCGCUUCAGAGGUUUUUGGAUUUGCACCAGGAAGGAAAGUUGCUGGCUCCAGAGGUUCCUGCUACGGUGUAUGUGAAUUUGGCUGUUCGUGGCUGGUCAAAGGAGCUCAAUGGUCAUUACUACAGAGUCGGCGAGGAAGCUUUGGCCGAGUUCGAGAAGUAA